ACUCGACAUUACCAUAAUCACAAUAAAGCUCCCUCUGUUGUUUUUUGGGGAUGCAAAGCUUUUGAUCCACUCCCACCAUCAUACCCUUCUUUCUCUUUUCAUCCACCACUAUGAGUAGCCCCACCGCAGGCGGCGGCAGCGGCCUUUCCAUAGAUGAGGAGGAGACGGCGGAGACUCGGAUCAGGAGGCUGAUAUCGGAGCACCCCCUCAUCAUCUUCAGCAGGUCGUUUUGUUGCAUGUGUCACGUCAUGAAAAAGCUGUUGGUCACCAUCGGGGUUCACCCCACUGUCAUCGAACUCGAUGACCAUGAGUUCGCUUCCCUCCCUCGAUCACCGUCCCACGAUACUCUCAUCUCCUCUCAGAAUCUCUCCCCCGCCGUCUUCAUUGGCGGAACCUGCGUCGGCGGGCUCGAAUCCCCCGUCGCUCUCCACCUUAGUGGUCACCUCGUCCCAAAGCUUGUCGAAGUUGGCGUUCUCUUGGUAUAAUAUAUAGACACAUAAAUAAUAUAAACCAAUUUUACUAGUUUUUUUAUUUUAAAUAUUGGGACAGGCCACUUCCAAAUGAGAAGUAACUAGUUUCUGCUUCCUUUUCCUUUGGGUUUAAAUCUUAAAUUCAAGUAUUGCAGAAGGAAUUAGACUUGUUUUUGUUUUUCGCUCCCUAUUAGCUUUGCUGGUCAAAUGAGUAAGAGUUCUGGGGGAUUUGAGCUUUGUGGAGUUAGAAACAAUGGGCAAUGAGGGGAAUGGGGGGUCCAUUGCCAAUUAUUGAGCAAUCAGAGCCAUUGAUAUUUGCUGCCGUUAGGUUAUAGAUGAAAAAAGAAAUUUGGGUUUUCUAUUUUUAGAAUGCCCCCCUUAAGAAUUCAGAUUCUUACAUGGCUUUUGGGGGGAUUGGGAUUUUUUUUACAACAAUUUUUUUAUUUUUAAUUAAA